AGUACUGUGGCAGAUUACGAGUUGUGAUCAAAAGUUUUGAGUGUCAUUGCUGCGUUUUUGUCCAUUUUUAGAGCAAUUUUCCUAGAGACAGAUUUUUACCGCCCUUCGUCCGCCAUAUUGGAUUGCUCAUGAAAAUAGUCUCUAAUGCGGAUGCGUCCGGUUUUUCCGCUCUGUCGCUUGAAGGAAUUCCUUUGAAUUUGAACGAACGCAGAAGAAACUUGCUUCAUAAAGAUAUUUUUCUUUUUCAGACAAAUUCCAUCAUGACUAAGACCGAGUCUAAAGAAACUCUUUUGAAGGCAGUAUUAACACUGAAGCAAGAUAUUAAGAGAGGUGAAUCCACAUCACAAAUCACAUCUGAUUCCAGAAAAUCAGCUCAAGUCCUGCAAGAAGAACCAGAAAUAUCCCACAAAGAUAUUCUUGAAGUUAAGGAUAAUUAUGGAAGAAAUGAUGUUGAUGAUAGAUUUGGAGAUGAAUAUAUUGGAACAUUGAAUGACAUUCAAGUUCAUGACACGAUUCAAGUUGAAGAUAAUAAUCAUUAUGAUAAUAGACUUCUUCAUGCUAAUGAUGUUGUUAUUGACGAAAAUAAUAACAUCAAUAACAAUAUCUACUUCAGUUAUUGUACACUUAAUUUCUUCAUAAUUGCAAUUAUCUUAACAAUGCUGGUUAUAUUCUUAAUUAUUGCCUUGGUUAGAAAUAGAAAAAACAACAAUAAUAAUAAUGGUGUUGAUUAUAAAGAAAUUCUCCAGAACUAUACUCCUAAUGAAUUAUGAAUUUCAAACAAAAUGAAUUUUCCUGACUACAAAUUUGCAAUUUUCAAAUUUUGAGGGAUUUUAUUGUCACCUUAAUUAUGAGAUUUUCUUCUCUAGGAAAUCAAAUCAGCUAUCUUAUGCAUGAGAACGAAAGUGGUAGGGCUGAAAUGCUGCAAAUUUAGUGGAUAUCGUUAUUCAUAUACAUCUGGGCUCAGUUAUACGAAGCCUGGAUAGCACUAUCUGACAGAUAAAUCUUAUCUAGUGCAUAAAUUAAUUGGAUUGACUCAUCGACUUAUCCACUGGAGAAGGAUUUAUCCAGUGGAUAAUUCUUUCCAGGCUUCGUACAACCAGGCCCUGUAGUCCAUUGAGUCUAGAAUAUGUGUAUGGUUUCUGUGUUAAUAGUUUUCAUAGAAACAAAAAACAAAAAUAAAAUAACACUGUAUGUAAUUUUUAGUAUAAAUUAUAUAUUUAUAGGAGUUUUGUAGUGUGCUUUUCAUAAUGCUUAAAAAAAGAAUCAACUAGUUGCACUGAAAUUUUACUGCAAUAAAUAUUUUUAGAAAAACAA